AAACUCGAAUGUGUAUAUUUUCUAAUAAGCGUGUCUGUUUCGAGAGUGUGCAUGUAUUGUCCAGUGUGAACCUGAACGCACCGUAGCUGGAGCUGCUAACCUUUUACCACGCAGAGCAUCUUCAAAGUGCAGAAAAUGUUUGGGUACAUCUGGCAGUACGUCUACACAUCGUUUCUGAGGUACUGGCUGAAGUGGCUCAUCAGACAAGCGACAGGAACGUGUGAGCUGCAGAGAAUAUGCUCAGGAUACAAACCAGGGGCGUCAAGAACGACUAAAGCAGAAUACUCUCUCCAGUCUUCAAAGAGCCAGGUUUUAAAAGCAGCUUUGGAAACCAGCAAGGAGAAUUCAGAACAAUGUGUGGAUCAAAUUAUAAAAGAAAAGAACAUUAAACCCCAGAAGGAUCCCCAGUUCAAAGGAAGCUUGCAUAUCUGUCUGCUACAGAUUUCAGGAUACAGCAGUUUGUAUACUUCUGUUGAAGAGUUGAGGAAGGAAAUCUUUAACUCAGACAACCCUGAACAUGAAAAAAUGCUUUUGAAGCUGUGGGAUUUGUUGAUGCCAACGGUCAAACUGGAGUCCAGAAUCACCAAGCAGUGGGGAGACAUUGGAUUCCAGGGAGACGACCCAAAGACGGACUUCAGAGGAAUGGGCCUGCUGGGCCUCAUCAAUCUGGUUUUUUUCAGUGAAAACUACACAGCGGAAGCUCGUCAAGUUCUGUCUCAUGCAAACCAUCCCAAAUUAGGGUAUUCGUACGCCAUAGUCGGGAUUAACUUGACAGAGAUGGCCUACAGCCUGCUGAAGAGCGGCGCUCUGAAGCCGCACUUCUACAACACGGCGCAGGGCACGCCGGAGCUGUGGCACUUUCAUCAGCUGUACUGUUACCUGGCGUACCAGUUUGACAAGUUCUGGGUGGCAGAGCAACCAGAAAGCAUCAUGCAGUUUAAUCAAUACAGAGAAAAGUUCCAUAGCAUAGUUAAGACUCAUCUACAGGACCCUGAUGUGUCUCUCUCACUGAGUAUCAGUUCAAACUAACAUGUUUUCACACGUCACCCCGGACCCCCUCAUUGCCUGUGUGAAUCUUUGACCUGGAAGAAGGAAGUGGGAUACUCCUACUGGAGACGUGAAGCAUCGUGAAGUUGGCCAGUUUAAAAAAUAAAUAAAUAAAUAAAGCAGUCCCCUUCUGUUUAGUUAGAUGACUCAUUAGCGAUCUGCCGUCCGUCCUUUCACUGCCACAGUGAAGGUUCCCAGAUAGAGCACAAACUCCCCGUACCUCAGAAAUAACCAUUCCACAGUUUUAAAUGGUUCGUGGUGGAGAAAGAAGAGGAGAUAAAGAUUUGUGAGGCUUUAAGCACUUUUGUUGAUCAAAUUUUAUACAUUUAAAUGAAAGCCGUGAUGAGCAUCUCCACUCAGCUGUCACGUGUGUUCUCGGGAUUAACCCGCUCAGGUAUUUAACAUUCAGCGCUCACGACUACAACUCCCUCUCCGACGCUCCAUCGUGAAGGAUGUCUUGAACGUUGUGCUCGGUUUAAUUCAUCUCCACUCAUGUCGUAAUUAUGUGUUAUAUCAGUGAAACUAAAUAGGGUUGUAUAUUCCACUUUUCACAAAUUUGUAUGUCUUAAGACUGAUAUUUUAUUACUUAUUUUUAUGCUGUGAUUUAUCGUGGAGGAAGGUUUGUCUUGCUCAAAGUUAAUAAAUUCACAUUUGAUUUGAAAUGUGUUUCGCAUCCAUUUGUUAAAAAGAAAGUUAAACCACAAAAAUAAAAAACAGUACAACAUCAUCUGUAAAACUAGUCAUAUAUUUAGUAUUGUCACAUGUAAAUGUGCAGUGUUGUCAGCUGCAUGAGACGUAU